ACUUUAGGUAUCACGUUGAGUCUGGUUGUUUCUGAAGCACCGCCCAUACACAGCUGCAGCAGUAAACCUUCCCGGUAGAUUUAAAUGAACUGAAACUAGACCGUGCGAGAACGAAUGGAAGGCGACAAAAUGUUUUUAACAGGAACAGUUUUUUUCCUUUCACCUAUUUGAGUAUGGUGACCGGAUAUACAACGUUUUUGCUUGUAUAGCUCCACGGCAAAAUAAUUUUUUGGAAGAUGAGACUUCGGUCUCGAAGUAUUGCUGUGCCUUCACCAGCACAGUUUAACGGUCGGCGGACCUCAAAGGAAGCGGCGGAGAGCGUAACACAAGAAAGGAUUGAUGCAAAGCCAGCUGAAUCCUCCCGGUCAGCCAAUGUUCCUAAAAUCCUCUGUCAGAAGGAUGUACAAAAGGCAGAUGACCAGCCACUCUACUUGUCUGAUGAUGACAUCCCCACCGCUAACAAGCGCCCUCUUGUGAAAGGGCGUGGAAGGAAAAGAGUAGCGGCCCCUGACUAUGAAGGAAGAGAAGAUGCGGGCUUUAAGACCCCCAUUAAUGUGCGCCACCACCGGGUACUUUCGGAGCUGAACCCCUCCUCUCCGCUCAACUCCGCUGUACGGAAUAUUUACUCGCCUAUUGUCCACUUCCUCACUCCUACCAAGGAAAAUUCGAGAACUCCCAGCAGUGAUGUGAUGAGCCCAGAACAAUGUGUUUUUGGCUAUGGUUCCAUCAGCCUUCUCACUGGCGAUGAAGACAACGAGGAUGUUUUUAGUCCCUUUACCUUCAUCAAGAACAUUCCAUCCAGGUCCCUGCAAUCCAAACCCUGCAUAAGAGACAUCCCACCAAAGACUAGGAGUACACCCCAAGCCACUCUAGUUUUAGAUCUGGAUGAAACGCUCAUGUACAGCUCCCUGAACAUGAUAGAGGAUGCGGAGUACACGUUCCGUACCUGUUUCCAGGAUCAUCAGUACAAGGUGAGGGAAUCAACCCAGAGAGUCUACAUGAUUCUACGACCAUAUGUGAAAGAAUUUCUGGAAGCCAUGACAAAACAUUUUGAGAUGUUUAUUUAUACAUCUGCAAAGAAGGACUAUGCAGAGAAAAUACUGGACAUUUUGGACCCGAAGAGAAGGCUUUUUCGACACCGUUUAUAUCAACAGGACUGUACCUGUGUUCUGGGACACUAUGUCAAGGACUUGGGUGUACUGGAGAGGGACCUUGCCAAGACAGUGGUUUUGGACAAUGCUCCACACACCUAUCCCUAUCACCUGAUGAACAUGCUGCCCAUCAAGAGCUGGUCUGGGGAUGAGGGGGACAGGGAACUUCAGAAACUCAUCCCGUACCUUGAAAGACUCUCUGGAGCAGAUGAUUUCCGGGAAGUACUGAAGCGAAGAACGGACCACUUUCACAGACUGCUUUCUGAGGAUUGAGAAAAAUCACCCUUUUCUUUUGACAUUUUUACUGCGAUCUGGGUCUUUUAAAAAUAAGAUCCUGAUAUAUUGUCAGUUUAAACAGUUUGUACAUUUUGUUCCUAAUACUCAAUGCAUGCUUCAUAUGUGAAGAGUCAACACUGUUAUUUAUAAUCUUAGUUCAAUGACAAUCAUGUACAUAUUCUUUUAUUUUAAGUUGAUUCUUCACCAAGCAAGUUUAACUAUAGAUAAUAAAACAAUAUGUACUAUGAGAGUCAUUCUCAGCCUUGAGGGUUUGUCAUAUUUGUGUGAAUAAAGUAUUUUGGGGUCAAGGCAGGCCUAAUUCGA